CGGACCCCCCUCCGACACGUCAGAAGAUAGACGGCCCCGUGACGCCUGUCCUCUUUCCCCGUCGGAUACCAGCCGAGGCAGCACGCGACCCGACGGUUACCAAGCGAUAAAAACAUCCAACUAAAAUACCAAAAUGAGCGGAUUGCAGUGCCUCGCCACCGAGAACGUCUGGUUCGACAAACAGCGCUACGACGACGCAGAGAAGUGCUUCUACGAGGGCGCCAAUGGCACCGUCACGAAGUCCCAUUAUGUUCACUGUGUACAUCCCGGCGCGCAGGCAAAAACGGCAGUGCUGCAACCCAAAACGGCCCCUCAAAAACGCCGCCAGCGAAACUCCUCCUCACAUGGAGGAGGAGACCAGGAGCUGGUUUCUCGUAUGAAGGGCAUGGAGCUGGAGAACCAGACUCUGCACAAAGUGGUGGAGGAGAUGAGGGCAGCCCUGCAGAAGCUUGAGCUCAGAGUGGCUUCGCUUGAAAAGAGCCCGGCGGGCGUCACGUGUACAAAGGCUGCCCCAGUCAAAGCUGCCCCAGUGAAGGUGGAAAAUGGAGACGACGAUGACAGUGACAUUGACUUGUUCGGCAGUGAUGACGAUGAGGAAGCAGAACGCAUCAAGCAGGAGCGCCUGGACGCCUACGCAGCCAAGAAGUCCAAGAAACCUGCCCUCAUCGCCAAGUCGUCCAUCCUGCUGGACGUUAAGCCGUGGGACGAUGAGACCGACAUGGGGAAACUGGAGGAGUGUGUGCGGUCCGUGCAGAUGGACGGGCUCCUGUGGGGCGCGUCCAAACUGGUGCCCGUCGGCUACGGCAUCAAGAAGCUGCAAAUCAACUGCGUGGUCGAGGACGACAAAGUCGGCACCGACAUCCUGGAGGAGGAACUCACCAAGUUUGAGGACUAUAUCCAGAGUAUAGAUGUUGCUGCCUUCAAUAAGAUCUAAGCUCCAAAGUGUUGCUGCUGCUCCUGGAUUACACAUUUAUUAAAAUGUAAAGUUGA